UGCAGGUACAUAAAUGACAGUAUAGGGAUAUAAGUGACAGUACAGACAAAUAAAUAACAGUGCAAUGACUGGUCUUACACAUAGUUGUGGUUAAUGUGAAGUCAGUAGUUCUGUGACUUUUGGGACACAUGACACCGACACACAGCCAGUGACACGCGCUCCGUGUAGACACAUGAGUCAGUCACACAGGAUCUGUCAUUAUUGACACCAGCGGAGUUCAAUCCGCCAGCAACAACAACAACUACUUCGCCAUUGAAACGGUAAUCGCCUUCCUGGUCAGUUUGUAUGGCUGCCGACAGAUGUGAUGGCUGCCUCCUGGAUGACACAUCUUGUUCUUCUAUGUGGUGCUUAUGGAGCACUAGGGCUUAGAAUAAUCAACUGCAACAACGACAAGGUAGAAAUAUUUGAAGACUCACCUGCUCCAGUCACGUGUGGUGACAUCACCAGUACAGCCGAUGUUGUCUGGCGACGAGGAGAUGGAGGCAACAUCGGAGAGUGUAGAGCUGACGGUAUUGAGGGUAGCUGCACCAAGAACUUAUUCAACGACUACAGACUCAGCAGGUCACCGCAGUCCACAGAGAGUCAGCUGACUCUUGUCCCUGAUUACCGACGUCACGCGGGUGUCACGGUCACGUGUCUGGACAGAGGGAGUUACUCCACAGCCUCCUGUACUCUCGUCAUCAGACGUCACUCUGUACUCAGUGAGUGUCACGUGACCACCAACCCUGUGGACUGGACUGUGUCAGGUUCAUGUCGUGUACAACAAGCUUUCUCCUCUGAUAACAUUUACACCUGUACAUGGACACGGAACACAGGGACAUUUGGAGGGUUUGAUGCCAGUCGUGAGCUGUGUUCGUUCACACAAGCUCUGCCACAAGCCGGGGGACUGUACACCUACAGCAUUUCUGUGUCUCCUCCUCCUUCGACUACAACUUUUUCUCAACAACUGACACUAGCUGAACCCGGUGACGUAACAACCACGUGUCCACACUGGGUGGUGAGAGGAGGAGACCUGUCCUGUACAUGUCAGACGACAAACACCGCCAGUCCUCCAGCCACAGUGAGAUGGGAGGGACGAGACAGUGAGAAGCUGGUGAAGACUAACGUACAGCGGGAGGACAACGGCACACAGUUCACGUGUCACGUGACAUGGGCUGGGCGUGUCUACACCUCCAUCAACUACACUCUGCUGGUUAUAUGCACGUCACAUGUGGAGGGACCCAGUGAUGUCGUCAUUAGCGAAACACAUCAUCCGGGUAACAACGGUUCUAGCGUCGUGACGUUAAGAUGUAACACAACAGGUGCUGUGUACCCAGGUGUGAACUUUACCUGGAGUCCAGGUGUUUGUCAGAAUGAAACUCACGUCGCCAGGAGCAGCACGUGCACCUUUACACUGGACGCUAAGGAUGACGGGAAAAGUGUGAAGUGCACGGCUAUAAAUAGCAUCGACAGCCGGAUAUCCGUCUCAACAUCAGUGACACUGUGGAUAAAUGGGGCAGGAAACAUCAGUGUCAUAUCGACAUCAGGCUCCCAGUCAUCAGCAUCGGCUGUCGUCGGACCAAUCGUCGGGGCUGUUGUCGCUGUGGUUGUAACUGCCGUCAUCGCCGUUUUGCUCGUUAUUUUAAUCAGAAGACGAAGACAGAAAAUAAAAAAAACGUCAAAUAAGUUGACCAAGAACACGCCGUGUAAAGAAUCUGAGUUCGAGGACCACAUCAACGAGGUGUACGACAGUUCUGAGACUGCCGGACCACACAGCAGCUGCGGUGACAACUACAGGUCACGUGGUCAGGGUACAGACAGGGAAGCCAGUCACAGGAAUCAACAAGAGGUCAGCGCGCAGUAUGAAGACAGUCCGAGUGGAGGAUAUUACAGUGAGAUACGGGAGGUGGGCACUGGCAACACCUACCCUCAGCCUCACCACCGCCUGUCUAUGAACCCCUACAGCAACUGAGACACGGAUGGGGUGCUGAGCCUUUGGUGUCAUUGGAUGUCCUGACAUGAUGUAACAGUCAUCACACGAUGUCACAGUCAUCAUCGUUGUUGUUGUUGUUGUUGUUGUUGUUGUUGUUGUUGUUGUCGUCGUCGUCGUCGUCGUCGUCGUCGUCGUUGUUGUUGUUAAAGGUUACUUCUGUUACGAUCUUUUGAACUGGCAGAUUUCACUGUUUACUUAAACUGUAAUUAAACUAAUGAUUGACACAAACAUCAUGUCCACCUGUCAACUCACGCCAUCUAGCGGUGUCAGACAAAUGAAUUCAAACAUCACGUGACUAUCGACGCGACUCUCUUGACUAAUACACAAGUCACAGGUGAAGGAGGAGAUUAAAGUGUACUUGUAUUCCUUGACCUCUACCUCCAGGUGUCAAUGUGACCAUAAUUAUUACCAGGUAAUCAUCAGCCCCGCUUGUUCGGUCCAUUGUAAGAAGUCGGUGCCUGUCGUGUUGAGGUUUAUACAUCCUACAAAUGAACUUUCCUUCUUACUUCUUGUGAUACUUUUUACUUAAGGUGUUGUAUGUCAACCAUGCAGCCGGCGAUCACCCUGUACGCCUGACCCCAGGGUCAUCUCCACGUCAGGGGCAGACAAGGACCUCAAAUAUAACAAACACGAGAGAGUUGAGAGAGACAAGCACGCUAUGGUUUGAUUUUUAGUUUUAUAUUUAUAUAUAUAUACACCGUUACAUAUACUGUACUCGUGUUUAAGAAAUAUUCAUGUCCAAGGUUUAAUAUGUAUGAGCAGAUUAAAAAACAAAACAACACUUGUUUGUGUUCUCGUGUACUGACAGACACCCAGAUACAAACACCCUGAAUUGUUUUCCUCUCCCUUCCCAGGUGGUUCUACCCGGUUUAUUUAUAGACUCCCUCUCUCUGUGCACCUUUCUUGUUCCCUCUGAGGUCACCGCCUGCCCCUGGGUGCACUUGAUUGUUUGUUGUUUAUUUAGUACCGUUUGGAAUUCAGUAAACAGGAGUUUCUAGCACGAUAGACAGUCUUGCUUUCUU